AUGGAAGGCGAUCCGAUGGGCGUGGCGCUGCCCGAGGACGCCCUCGCGGAAAUCCUCCGCCGCCUCCUGCCGCGCAGCCUCGCCACCUCGCGGUGCGUCUGCAAGGCGUGGCGCUCCAUCGUCGAUGGCCGCCGGCUGCUGCUCCCGGAGCUCCUGCCGCACUCGGUGCGUGGCAUCUUCCUCGAGUAUAACGAGGCCUCUUACCCGGGUUUCCUCUCUCACCCCUCCAUGGUGCCGGAUGAUAUCUUGGGCAAGCUCAACUUCCAUCGUCUUCCCCCCGACCCCUACCAGUGGACCUAUACUCACAUCGAGGGUCACUGUAAUGGGCUCCUGCUUUACCGAGACAGGCUAGGGCUCCAGGUGGCCAACCCCGCGACGCAGUGGCGGGCACGCUUGCCCCCGCCGCCGGAGAGGAAGAGGGAGGGGGGGAUCGUCCGGCCGCACCUUGCGUUUGAUCCAACCGUGUCAUUGCACUAUGAGAUCUUGCUCGUCCCUCAAACGCCUCUCCCAGAGGAGAGGGGCCAGCCCGAGCCGUCCAAGGAAUGGCCAGCAUCCACAUGGGUGUUGUGCUUGUUUUCAUCACGCACGGGGCAGUGGGAACAGAGGGCGUUUCUCCGCGAAGGCGAGGCUGCAGGGAUGGCUUCCGACGAGGUGUUGCACUGGACGUCAAAUAGCUGCAGCACUUAUUGGCACGGCAUGUUAUUUGUACAGUGCAACGGUGGAUUCACUGUUAUGAGAAUAUCCUUGUCAAAUAAUAAGUAUCGGGUGAUUAAAAUGCCAACAGAUAUUGAGGAAUCAGAAUAUUAUAAGCUUCAUCUAGGACGGUCAAGGGAAGGGCUAUGUUGUGCAACAUUUCGUGAUCGGACCAACCUUCGUGUUUGGAUCCUUGACGAUUCAUGUGGUACGAUGGAGUGGGCGUUGAAGCAUCACAUUGACCUUGACCAGAGUUUAUCACGUGUAAUGUGGCAUUGUGGGGAAAAGGAGGGACCCUGGAGUUUACAGGAUGCUAUCAAUGUUGAACACUAUGGUCAACAGGAUUUAAAUGAUGUUAACAUGGAUGAAGAUCACAGCAACAAUUCUUUUGUGAAGAGUGAAGUCGAAUGGGAUUCCGACAACGAUAAUAUAGGUGACAAUGAAUCUGAGGUCGUAGAGAGCUACUUACCCUAUGUUAGUUUUCUUGGAUUUCAUCCUUACAAAGAAGUCAUCUUCUUGGAUCUUCUUUCGCUAAGAAGAGCAGUGGCCUACCAUAUGAAUACCUCAAUAGUGCAGGAUUUGGGUAAUAUAUGGCCCAAUGACUACCACGCUGGGCACGCGGGAGACAUAAAAAGGUCUUUUCUGUACACACCUUGUUUGAUAGCAGAUUUCCCAGAAAACAAACUGAAAGCCCAUGUUGAAGGCUAG